AUGAAAAGCCUGAUAAACGCCGAUCAUGGGCACCUAAAGGCAAAGACGGUUGGUAUUCGGCCCAGCAAGAACACACUACCAUGUACCAGUUACAUCUGGAAACAGCAACAAUUGCGAGAGCGAGCUGACACCCUGGAAUGGUUCCCACACCCACAAACACCUCUCCAUCCCACAAACUCCACUCAUCAGGAACAACUAUCGUCGCCACACGUCCAAGACCUCAACAACAUCCUCUACGCACAUGCCCUAUCCGAGCUACAACCAAUCAUCGACGCCAUACUCCUACAGCCAACAAAAAAUGUCUGGUUCUAUAUAUCACAGAAAUACCUGACACCGGAAACAUCCGAAAAACACGAGGGUGCCAAGCCCCAAACACGUGGCGUGAAUACAGUUGCCAACCACCACUGCACUCUCGACAUGACACUGCCACAGGAACUCAGCAACGAUCCGACGGCAACAACACAAGACCCAGCGGAGGGAAUUAAAGAAGGCAUUCAAAGGUCUCGCCGACACCAAGAUGCCACACUAGCCCGUACGCGAAUUCAGCCAAAGAGCAGUGAGGGCCACCUGGGAACAGACAGGCAACUGCAAGGUUCGUGCCGUCUACUCGACUUGUUGGAAGACGUCAACGCACCAUGA